AUGAUACAAUAUUUAGACAAUUCGCUAAUCCAUUCAUCUACUGAUUUUAUAAUUGCUAAAUUAAAGGAGGAUAAGGAUUACAAUCUCUUUGUUGAAUAUGAUGAUUGUGAAGCAGAUAAGAGGAAACGUUCUGGUAUUUCUAGUAUCUACUAUUCUGGUAGAAACCCAAGUCUUUUACAGAAAUUUUGCUUAAUUCGACCAAAGUUAGAUAUUCGAAAUAAAAAUUUAGAGAAGGAAAUUAAAGACUUCAAAUUAAACAUAGAACUUGUAAAUGACAAUUUAGAUAUAGAAAAAUAUCGUGGAUUAAUUAUUGAGAAUGAAGUUGGAGUUAUUAGUGUGUUUGAACAGAUUUUCUUUGGGCCUAUAUUGGAUUAUUUCAAUACUAAAUUUGACAAUUUCUCAGUAAUUAGAGAAUCUUCCAAUACUAGUUUGUCAAAACCGGAUAUUACUAUAAGCUUUGAAAAGGAAAAUGAAAAAUUUUUAGUGCCGGUAGAGUUUAAAAUUAGCGGACUAAGGGAUGCUUUUUCUGAGAGAGAAUAUAAUCAAAAACUUAAUGAAUUAUUAUUGCAGGUAGGUUACCAGAUGAUAUUUUCCAAUACGAAUUUGGCAUUAAUAAUUGAUACCCAGUCAAUUAUUGUCAUAAAAAUAACCGAUAAAAGUUUUCAAGAACGUAUAGAUAUUUCAAAAAUAGAUGAUGGUUUUAGCUAUCCACUAGAAUUACAAAUAUCCAUUUUUGACCACGGUUCAACUACUAGUUUAAUUUCCAUUGUGGCUAUUGUGAUAAAUAGCCAAAUAAAGAAUGUUAAUAAGAAUAGCAAACUGAAUAUGGAAAAAUUAAAAACUUGGAUUUCAAAAUCUGAUACCGAGAUUCAAUUGCAAGAUGCAAAUAGAUAUAAGAUUGUGGAAGGUUUCUAUAAAUUAACUUUUAGUACCUUAAAACUCGACAAAAUAAGAAAAGUUUAUACGAAUAAUGAUUUAGAGGUUCCAAUGGAUUAUUAUGUUUUCCUUCAUAAUUUAGAAAUUUCAGAAAAUCCUAUUCUUGAACAUCAGUUCGAGAUAAAUUCUAAAUUACAAGGAUGCACUCUCUCAGAAAAGGGUAUUUACAAUUCACAGGUUGCUUUAGUGCGAUAUAUCGGCCCAGGAGUUAAUAAAAACAAGUGUUUUGUAUUGAAGGUUUAUAAUCCAGUGUAUGGUCAUAAAAGUGGUUCCAGUAAAAAGGAAUUCUAUAAAGGUGUCAUAUUCUCUUUAAGUAUGUACUGCAAAGAGAUUGAGUGUUACAAAAUAUUAAGAGAAAAUUCUCUUGAUGGUAUCACAUUCAAAAUCCCCAACAGUGCUGGUAGUGAAGGUGUUAAUGGUCAUGUCAAUUACGUACCAUAUAUUAUGUCCUAUGGAUUUAUCAAAUGGAAGUCGCCUUUCAUUGGAUAUUACAUAUUAGAACAAUACCUACCAGAUGCGAAAUCAACAAUUAGUAAACUGGAGGCAUGGCAACUAGCCUCCAAAGCCCUUAAAUAUAUCCACAGUAAAGGCAUAUUGCAUGGUGAUAUUAAGUUAUCAAAUUUAAUUUAUGCUGACGGACGUAUUUACUUCAUUGAUUUUGGCCUUUCUAGCAUAUCCAAAUUCAAAGGAACUAAUAUUAAUUUUGAAAAGGCCAAGCAAUUAGAAAUGCUUCAAUUGAAGUAUGUCAUCGAUAACUUUUGGUAACCGAUUAGUUUGAAUUUGAUUAUUUAAAUACUCUAUAACUAAUGUUCAAUAAAUUUUUCACCUCUUAUAGUAGAUUAUUUUUCAGUAUUAUGUGUAAGUUAUUAUAUGAUUGAAUGAUACAAACACAAACCAAAACACAACCAAAACACAACCACAACCACAACCACAAUCACAAGUAAAACUAAAUUUAGUAGCUGUUUAUAUAGUCAUAAGCGUACACUUAACUAGUAACCAUUUACGUUAUACAUCUAACUUAUAACCUUAAUGAAAAGAGUCCCUCGUAUAAUGCGGUAGUGAAAUUUUUGGGCCUUAACUAUGGGCCACAGAAAAAAA